CGGAGAGAAAAACCGCGCUCCCUUCCUUCUUGCACCGCCAUACUGUAUUUUAUCCUAAAUCUCAUUUUUAUUCCAACAUUUUACUCCCGCUCGGUGAGUACCUUCUCAGUGGCAUUCUUGUCCUAUUCUUUUUUAUUUUUGGUCCUUUUUUUUUGUUUUUGUUUUUUUUCUUCUUUUUAUUUUUUUCCACUUCUUUGAUUAUUGUUUCUAUUUGGGAAAGCUGGAGGAGCAUGGUUUGGAGCCUUUUCCGGAAUCCAAGUUUUUCUAGCAUGCGAUGGUUCUGUAGCCCGGGCGCUGUGUCCGGGAGUCCGCGGCGGCCGUGCCCGCCGGGAGCGACUCCUGAGUCCAGCGGAAUAUGCAACUGGUUUUAUGGAAAAAGCGAUGUGAAGUAUGGUGCCUCUUUUUUCCCUUUGUAGAAAUAAAAAGCAUGUUUCUAACUCUUUUUUUUUGGCAUACUCUUUUUCUUAUAAGAUUUUUGUAGAGGUGGGAUUUCACGGCAGUGCUUACAAGUUUGUGGCUUUGCAAUACUGGUACAAACCGCUGAGCAAAGACAUGAAUUUUCUAAUUUUUUUUUGGUGCCCUUUUUGGAUGCCGGUGAGAACAAAUUCGUUUUUUUCCCAUCUGUUUUUGAUACCCGUUGAUAACAUGAAACUUUUCUUGCAGCUGGUUCCUGGGAUGAUUUUUAAGCAAAAUACUUUUUUUCCUCCUUUAAAUUAACUAUGACUUUUGCACAUUUGACUUUUUUUAAAAAAAAAAACCGAGAUAAUUUUAUGAUAGAUAUCCUGAUAUCUAUAUCUAUAUUAUCCCUUCUUCCUCUUCCCUCCUCUCCCUGUAAAUCAAUUUUCAAAUGAUGGCAGUGGAAGGUUUUUCUGGAAAAAAAAAAAUGAAGUGCGGUUUGGUUUCCUUGUCAACGGAGGAUGAAGUGCACAGCUGAGCAGCUCGCAGAGAGCAGGUACAUGGUCCCCUUGGAGGCGUUUCCCGGGUUUGCAAUGGCAACACUGGUCCUGGCAGAGAAAUCUGUGUGUAUGUGUGUGCGCGCGUGUGUGUGUGUGUGCGCGCGCGCGCCUCCGGGCAGGGUCCGAGCCCGCGGUGGGGAAGCCGUGCCGGGAGCUAGGGAAGCCCGAGUGUGUCCCGGCCUCGGGGUCGUGUUUGGAUGCGCGCACGACGCCGUCCCUCCCUCGCUGCGCCCAGGUCGGCUCGGCGGCCGCCGGCGGGCCCUGUAAGUUCUCCGAGGGCCACUUGCAGAGCAGGAGGGGCGAGGGCCGAGGAGGCGGCCGGCCGGCGGGCGGGAGACGGGGCAGCAUCCUCCGGAGGGGCUGGCUGCUGGCCACGCGGCCGGGAGCUCGAGACCUUUCCAGAUCCCCGAGGAUGGCAACAGCUCCCGCGCGCUCAACUCCUGCUCCUCCUCUUGGCCAGGAGUAAACAACGCAGAUUAAAACAAGGUGAGCCGACCAUGACUGGCAAAACACAGACCAGCAAUGUUACCAAUAAGAAUGACCCCAAGUCCAUCAACUCCCGUGUUUUCAUCGGCAAUCUGAACACAGCCAUUGUCAAGAAAGCUGACAUUGAAGCCAUCUUCUCAAAGUAUGGAAAAAUAGUUGGAUGCUCAGUUCACAAAGGUUAUGCGUUCGUACAGUACAUGAGUGAGCGACAUGCAAGAGCUGCAGUGGCCGGAGAAAAUGCCAGGAUCAUCGCGGGCCAACCACUUGAUAUCAACAUGGCAGGGGAACCCAAACCAUACAGACCAAAACCUGGAAACAAGAGGCCCCUUUCUGCACUUUAUAGACUUGAAUCAAAGGAACCUUUCCUGUCUGUCGGUGGCUACGUCUUUGACUAUGAUUACUACAGAGAUGAUUUCUACAAUCGGUUAUUUGACUACCACGGGCGCGUGCCUCCACCUCCCCGCGCCGUCAUUCCGCUGAAGCGUCCCAGAGUGGCUGUAACCACGACUCGCAGGGGCAAAGGGGUCUUUUCCAUGAAAGGGGGAUCAAGAUCUACUGUCAGCGGGUCUUCUUCGUCAGGCUCUAAGUUGAAAUCAGAUGAGUUACAGACAAUCAAGAAAGAAUUAACCCAGAUCAAAACUAAAAUAGACUCCUUGCUAGGGCGCCUGGAGAAGAUUGAGAAGCAGCAGAAGGCGGAGGCAGAAGCUCAGAAGAAGCAAUUGGAAGAGAGUAUAGAGCUGAUCCAAGAUGAAUGUGUGUCAGAGAAUGCAGAUCACUCUACCGAGGAGCCUGCUGAAGGAGGGCAAGAUGCGGAUGGAGAAGAGAUGACUGAUGGGAUAGAGGAGGACUUCGAUGAAGAUGGGGGUCAUGAGCUGGUAGGAACUAAACAUUUGGUGUCCACACCCUUUGGUAACAGCACCAGCAUGUCAGCAACUCAUUCAUUCUAAAAUAAAGAUUAAAUUUUUGGAGCUUA